AUGACACCCCCCACCACCAACAAAGACCCAACGCAAAUCUUCCUCCUCGGCGCCGGCGAACUCGGCACCAGCUUCCUCCCGCACAUCUCCAGUCUGCCCAAUAUUCAGAUCACCGUUGGUGUACGCUCGCCAGACCGUUAUGCUCACCUACGCUCCUCGCACAUCCAUCUCAUUACCAUCGACCUGACCUCCCCCUCGCCGGCCCUCGUGGAAAUACUCAGCCGCUACGAUGUUGUGAUAAGCGCAACAGGCUUCACCUCCACCCCCUCUUCACUCACAAAAUUAGCUUCCGAGGUCCUCUCCGCAGGGAAACAGAGAAAACAGAAUGGACAGGGCAGAUUGUGGUUCUUCCCCUGGCAGUGGGGCGUAGACUACGACGUCACACUCUCUUGUCACUCCUUCAUGCCUUUGUUUGGCGAGCAGAAACGUGUCCGCGAGCUCCUCCGCUCGGAAGCAUCUUUCAGCAACGUCAAGUGGACGGUUGUGAGUACGGGGAUCUUCAUGUCCUUCCUAUUUGAGCCGUUUUGGGGCGUUGUUGAUCGGUCAAGUCAAGUGGAGGGGGGAGAGGUCACGGUACGGUGCUUGAAGGACUGGGAGCAUGGAGUUACAGUGACUGAUGUGGACGAUAUUGGGAGGGUGGUUGGAAGGAUUCUGGCGGGCGAUGUGGAUGCUGAGAAUAGGGUUUUGUAUGUCGCGGGCGAUUCGAUUAGGUAUGCGGAUCUUACAAAGAUCGUGGAGAAGGUAGUGGGGCGAGAGGUUGUAAGGGAGGCGUGGAGUGUUGAGCAUCUGCAGGAGGAACUGAGGAAGGAUCCGGAGGAUAGGAUUAAGAAAUACAGACUGGUGUUUGCUGGAGAUGGAGUGUGGUGGGAGAAGGAGAGGACGGCGAAUCAUGUGUUGGGGGUGGAGAUGAUGGAUGUAGGGACGUACGCAAAGAAACUCUUCAGUGUAUGGAAAUAG